CUGAAGAAGUUGUUGAUUGGUGAUGGUGAUACUAGAGAGGAGGAUAUAGCGAGAGGGAUAAAGGGCACGUUUGAUGGGUUGUGCGGAGGUGCGUGGAGCUGUAUAGUGGGAUAUUCUUUCGGAUCGUUCAUAUCGCAUCUACCGAGUUGUUUCGUUUUCUUCUAUUGUAACAAUAUCGCGAUUUUGGUUUUUAGAACUGUUUAG